ACCACCGUCGGCCAGACCGUAAACCUGCAGCGAGGUCAGGGGUGGACUUACGCAGGAACGGGGGUCUUACCUUAACCGGUUGGACCGCGAGGACGGAAAACCUCUAUAAAAAACCCCCAAUCCCAAGCUAUUGGACAACGCGGCGAGGGGAUGAAUGGCUGGUGGGAAACCAGUCCCUAGCGUUGACCCCCGACGGGGCACAUGUCGCACCUCGGAGGGUUACUUUUAGACCUUCCCCGGCUACAGGGGGCACUGGCCGGGGACGACGACCCAAUCCCCCAUACUCGUGGGAUCAUAUAUGGAUUCAUUUAAAAAACCCAAUCAAGAAGGAAAGGAGGUCGAAGGAAGGAGAGAGACUCGGUCUACUAGUAGACCGAGUCUGGCUGAAGAUUUGGUGGCGAGGUCGCCUCGGGUGGUGCUCGAGCGCAUCGCCUCGCCCCAAGAGAAGGAGCUGUCGUGUCACUCACGCGACAGCUCAGUAGGAAGGUCCGACCGAAAGCGUCCCAGGCGGGAUGCUUCGGAGGACAGGAUGUCCGUGGGGGCGUACGCCGCUUCGGACUGUGAAAGCGAGGUGUCCAUAGCCUCGUCGACACGGUCCCGCGGUGGCGUCACCCACGGGCGAUAUGUCGGGCUGCACCGACAACGAGAGGAGUAUCGGAGGCUCGCCGCGGAAUCGGCACAGUCGUCCGAUACUCUGGACGAGAAGGCGGAAGAGGAGAGGCGGAGGAGGGACGCCAGAGCGGAAGUCCGGGACCUCAUUAGUUCCGGACUAAAGCCAAUGGACCCUUCUUCUGCCAAAGAAGCCAUUGAUGGCAGCCUUAUGGCAAUCCUGGAGGUAGCACGUACCUCCAAAAAUAUAAAGGGUUGCCUAAUCAAAAGGCUAAAGGAUGCGGUGGAGGAAAUUCAGGGCGGUGUCCGCGCCCUGACAAAGUCCACCGGAACGGAGGGGCUGCUGGCGGAAAACGCCAGGCUGAGCCGGGAGCUCGAGGAGCUGCGGGGCAAGAUUCAGUCCGUCGAAAAACGGACGGCCCCAGCAGCCCUCGACUUCGAGGCCAUGCAGCGCGCCAUCAUGGUGUCCGUGGGGACCAUGAUGGACGCCAAACUGGCGGGGCUAAGCAGCAGGCUCCCGCCAGAACCGAUUCUACGUCCGCCUCUAGCGGCGGACGGGAGGCGCGCGGAAGCGGAGGCGACGGGCCGUGGUCCCAAACCCGCCUAUAGCCAUGUGCUUAGGGCGGCCCCGGCCCCGAAGCCGGCGCCAAAGACGGCGCCAAAGGCGGCGCCGAAGCCGGCGCCGAGACCGGUGCCCCGACUGGCGCCGAAGACGGCGCCGGGGCCGGCGCCGACUCCGGUGCCGAAGCCGGCGCCGAGACUGGUGCCGAAGCCGACCCCAACGCCGGAUCCAAAACCGGCGAAGGGGAAGGCUAAGACGGUUGUGCAGCCGGCGCCGGCUCUGGUACCGGCGCCGGAAGAGGCGCCGGUUGCGAGCACAUCCGAGGCCGUGGACGAAGGGUGGACCACGGUCUCAAAGAAGAAGAAAGGGCCGAAGCCGAAGGCGCCGGAGCGCCCCAAGGCACAGCCUGCGAAGAAGGGGAAAGCGCCUCCACAAAAGAAGAAGGGGGGGCCGAAGGCUGUUUCUGGCAAGCAGCGGCGCAAGCGUGCGCAGCGCCAGAGACGCCUCGCCCGCACCGCCGCUGUGGUGCUGACGAUAACCCCAGAGGCGGAAAAGGAAGGCCUCACCUACGCCACGGUGCUCACCAAGGCGAGGGCUGGGGUCGACCUAAACGCGAUGGGGGUCGACAUGGCGGCGGACCCCAUCAGAAUAAGGAAGGCGCAGACCGGGGCUCGGGUGCUACAGCUCCCGAAAAAUGUCGGUCAGGAGGCGGCUGACGAGAUGGCCAAAAAACUUGAGGCCAUCUACGGCGGUGACGUCAGGGUCACCAGACCCGUCAGGUGUGCGGAGCUCCGGGUGUCAAACCUGGAUGACUCCGUCACCAAGGACGAGGUUCGUGACGUCGCCGCGCGUCAAAGUCAGUGCGCGCCUGACCGAAUAAAGGUGGGAGACCUGAGGCCAAGCCCCGGUCAAAAGUUUAGCACGGUGCUAAAAUGCCCACUGGAGGCGGUACCGAGGCUCGUAACCACCAGGACGCAGAAGUUCCUGGUGGGAUGGAGCUCGGCGACGGUCGUGCAGCUGGAGGCACGACCACUGAAGUGCUACCGCUGCCUAGCACUCGGCCACACAAGGCCGGUGUGCAUGUGCCCCGCGGACCGCAGCGGUUUAUGUUACCGCUGCGCGAUGCCCGGGCACAAGGCAGCGGUGUGCAAAGAGCCUGCCAGGUGCGCGAUAUGCGCCGAGCUCGGUCGCGGUGCCGCCCACCAAAUGGGCAGCCGGGGAUGUGCUCCCCCGGCAUUAAUAAGGAAACAAAUGGCCGCAUUGGGGAAAGUGCCCAAUGCGGCCACAUCAUCACGGGCGCAACCCUGUGAGGAGGAACGGAUGGACGACCAGUAAUGGAUAACGUCCGUCCACACUUCCUCCUCCAGGGGAACCUGA